CGACGCCAUUUUACUUUUGUGUGCUGUCAAACGCUGAAUUUCACAUUUCCACCACAAAAGAGCAAAAGAAAGGCAGACGACUUUUACUGAAAAGUGCGUGAGAUACCACCGAAAAAAGAACCAGCUAAGUUACUUAAAUGCUGAUCAACCGCCAGACAAACUUUUGAAUACAACGGCAGCGAGGCAAACGCCGCAGAAUCCUGUCGAAAAUUACGUGAAUCAGCGCCAAGGGGAAACCGUGCAAUUGGCAUUUUAAUUGGCGAAAUUAACUGCAUACAGCGUGCGGAAAAAAUGGUCAAUUCGUCUGGCAGCGAGGAUGGCCAGUUGAGGAGCCCCAACGAUGGGCAUUAUCACAGGCCAAAAAGUGUGUACUUGUCCCAUGACCGAGGCGCGCGAUGGCCAACAACAAUUCCUAAUAAUAAUCAUAAUAAUCAAAAAAAAAAAAAAAAAAACCAACAAUACUAUAAUAAAAACAAAAAAACCAAAAUGAAAACGAAUGAAAAAAGUGCAAGCAAAUAUGCAAAAUUCGAGUUUAAAAACUAUGCACCUGCAGUGUCAACGGCAGACCGGACCGAAUCUUCUCAAGCCAACCUACACUAAUCUCGCUUGACCCGCCGCUGGCUAAUAAAAUGUGUUCCUAAAACCGAGAACCGAAUACUGAACACCCGAGAAUCGGAAUCAAGGUCCGAUAAGCUUCGAACCGAAACGAUUGAUCGAUCGAUAUAGAUCUGAUUCAUGUGCUGCUGGCGCCGAGGCGAGGAUGAUGAUCACGAGGCGGACUCCGAUGCUUUGUACAUACAACCCCCACAGGCCAGUCGGGAAAUGGGAUCUGGUUCUAGGCGUGAGAAAAAGAAACAUUCCCGCGAGCGUCGACGCCACAAGGAGAGGGAAGACUUGGGCGGCGGUGGACUAGGACUGGAACGUGAUCAUCGUUAUGAAUACCGAAACCGGGAGGAGCAUUAUCAUCAUCAUCAUCGCGAAAGGGGCAGCAAUGUGGCUGCCGCAUAUCCGAAGCACCACCUGGGCCACGCCUAUCACUACCCGCAACCACCUCAACAGCAACAGCAGCCCCUUCCAACGGCUACCAGCUAUUCUGUCCACCACCAUCAUCAUCAUCAGCAUUUAGGCGGAGCUCGAGCAGCUUCCCGUGCCGAUUACCAUUCCUAUCCAUCGGGUUAUCAUUCGAGCAGUCGGCAUGGUGACUAUCCGAUGGAGGAACCACCCCGACGUGGUAGUAAAUACGUGGAGAGCAAGGAUGCUGAAAGCUUGGAGCAGGAUCUGCGUUCCAGGUUGCUUAAAAAGCGGCAUAACUACGUUAAGGAUUACGAAACGGAGGAGAAUUAUGAGCAUCGCGAGCGAAGUGAGCGUCGUGAGAGCGGACGCAAGGAGCGGGAGCGAUCUGGACGAAGUAGCCACAAGCAAAGUCGCCACGAUCGCGUCAUCGAGCUGCUGGACAGUCCCGAGCCUGAGCACCAGCAUCAGCACCAGCACAAGUCGCAUCGAUCCAAGUGGCACGAUGAAGUAGAGGUCACAAGAAGAAAGAUGCCUGAGGAUGAAGAGUUAUUGGCUCGCCGAGAUAAGCUACUUGCCGCCGAGCGUGACAGCCGACACCGAAAGCAUAUAGCUCGGGACGAACUGGAAGCUCGUCGGGAAUUUCUACGCGAGCGAAACGAGCACAGUGAUGCACUGAGUCCAACAGCAGUAGCUGCAAGCGUAACCGCAGGUUUAAAUAUUCAAGUCAAGAGGAAGUCUAAGCCGGAUAACUAUGAUAAAGAGAUUAAACACAAGAAGAGGCGGGAAGAGGUGGUCGAGGUUAUCCAAGAUGAUGAUGAUGAGGAAAGCGAAGAUAACGACUCAAAUGAGGAUGAUGCCGAGGAUGGCAGUGCCGAAAGCGCCACAGAAUCGGGCAGCGAAGAAAGUUACGUUAGCAAAAAGAAAAGUAAGGUCAAAUCCAAGCCUCAUUUGGAGGAUGAUGAUGAGGAUUUACCAUUGCCUGACAGUCCACUAAGCGUAGGAGAACUCUACAAGUCGCCCAAGCAACGCCAGCGAUCUCGCUCUGUGAGCUCUAAAAGCAGCUCCGAGUCCAGUCAGAGUAGUCGCUCCAGAUCUCGUUCUAAAAGUCAAAGCAGCCUGGAGGAUGAGGAUGAUCGAAAGGACGACGGAGCAGCUGACUCCCCCAGCAGCAGCACACGCAGCGAGGAACGCGGAAUGACACAACAACAGUCAGAUGAAAAGCCGGAUGAGAAACUCAUGGAAAAGGCACCAAAGUCGCUUGAAGAUCAAGUUCCAUGCGAUGACAAGGGCGUUCCCCUUCCUAACUACUAUCCCGGCAUACAGGGAUGUCGCUCUGUGGAGGAAUUCCAAUGUCUAAAUCGCAUCGAGGAGGGUACCUACGGCGUUGUAUACCGCGCUAAGGAUAAAAGGACUAACGAGAUUGUUGCACUUAAGCGACUUAAGAUGGAAAAGGAAAAGGAAGGCUUUCCCAUUACAUCUCUUAGGGAGAUAAACACCCUUCUGAAGGGACAGCAUCCAAAUAUCGUAACCGUUCGCGAGAUUGUGGUCGGUUCCAACAUGGACAAGAUCUUCAUUGUGAUGGACUAUGUGGAGCACGAUCUGAAAUCGCUGAUGGAAACGAUGAAGAAUCGUAAGCAGAGUUUCUUUCCCGGAGAAGUCAAGUGCCUGACACAACAGCUUCUGAAAGCAGUGUACCAUCUCCAUGAUAACUGGAUCUUGCAUCGUGAUCUGAAGACCUCCAACCUUCUUUUGUCCCACAAGGGCAUCCUUAAGGUGGGCGACUUUGGGUUGGCUAGAGAGUACGGCUCGCCCAUCAAGAAGUACACCUCGCUUGUAGUCACUUUGUGGUACCGUGCCCCCGAAUUGCUGCUCUGCUCGCCCGUUUACUCAACGCCAAUUGACGUCUGGUCGGUAGGCUGCAUUUUCGCCGAAUUCCUGCAGAUGUUGCCGCUCUUCCCGGGAAAAUCGGAGAUCGAUGAGCUUAACAGAAUCUUCAAGGAAUUGGGUACCCCAAACGAGAAGAUUUGGCCUGGAUAUACUGAGCUACCCGCCGUGAAGAACAUGCUCUCGCAGAACUCUCAGUUCACCGAGUAUCCCGUCUCGCAGCUGCGCAAGCACUUCCAGGAGAAGACUUCGGACAUGGGACUGUCCUUGCUGCAGGGCCUGCUAACGUACGAUCCAAAACAAAGACUGUCCGCCGACGCGGCCCUAAAGCACAACUACUUCAAAGAGCUGCCAUUGCCCAUCGAUCCCUCCAUGUUUCCCACCUGGCCGGCCAAAAGCGAAUUGGGAGCUCGCAAGGCGCAGGCCUCGUCACCCAAACCGCCGUCCGGUGGCUCACAGUUUAAGCAACUGGGCCGCGAUGAACCCAUUGUCAUGGGUGCUGGAAACAAGCUCUCAUCGGGAAUUAUAACCGGUAACAAGAAGAGCCACGGAGGUGGCGCAUCAUCGACCAGCACAGGAUUUGUCCUGAACUCCGGGUUAACGCAACGCCAGCUAGCCAUGGGACCGGGAUUCAGUCUAAAGUUCUGAUUCGAAGUUGGAUUCUGUGUGUUUUUAGCCAAUUACGACUAUGAUUAAUUGUUAUGUAUAGUUAGAGAUGUAAGUUAAAAAUUUCGUUUAAUUGUAUGUGUAAAAAUAUUGUUCCAUAUAUAAUUUAAAAAGCCAUACAAAACAA